GCGGGAAUAAAAGUUGUACUGAAUAAGAGGAAAAAGAAACAGCUACAAGUGAAGCUACACUGAAACUUUAUAAAAAAUUAUAUAUUCUGCUAAGCAAUUCAUACUAUAGACAGUCGAGGUUAAGUGAUGAAGUGAGACGAUACAGCAGCGUGCCUAAUCAGUAAUUCACUCAAGGUUUGUACACCUUAAUUUAGCAAUGAAGGUCACUGUGCGUCAGAUAUCUGUUGUCUCUAAACCUGAAUGCACAUUCUACCUCAAGUUAGAGUGGGCCAAAGACAUGGGAGCUGGCUUUGUUGUUCUGCUCUGUGAUGGCAUUUCUGCAUGGAGUGGUGAAGUUUCUGAGGAUGAUGUAACCAGGGAGGCCCAGGAGAUGGAGAUGGCAAGGGAGAAGUAUGUUUAUGACCUGCAGCUGGCUCUAACAGGAGAGGGCCAGGAAGCCCAGAGCUACAGUUUCCAUCUAGCACCUGAGAAAGCGGGUGGCCCUAUGCUCCAGCUGUCUUAUGAGAAAGUGCAGAGUGACAUCUCGUUCAGGCUUGGCAUGGUGGAACUGCUGCCUGUGCCAGAGUCCACUGAAGUCAUAAGGGAACUCAUUAGCCAUGGGCUAGACCGGAGUGCAUGUUUCAGGGCCAGGAACCACCACCUGCUUGAGGAGAACCAGAGACUAAGGAGUGAGCAGGAACACAUGACAGCAGAAAUGGAGAGGUAUGCCCAGGGAAAGGAAACUUUGGAAAAAGAUCUGUACAGUCGCUUUGUGCUGGUCCUCAAUGAGAAGAAGGCCAAGAUCCGUGCCUUACAGGAGAGGAUCAAACAACUGCAAGACAUUGUUGAGAAAGAAAAGCAGAGAAGGAAGAGAGAAGCUUCUGGCAAUGGAGAAAUUUGCCUUACAGAUCACAAACCUGAAGAAGAGAGCGACUAUGGGAGCACGACAGAAGAGGAAAGGGAAGAGGAUGCAAAAGCACCUCCUCUGAGGCCUUCCAAUCAAGUGUUUAUAAGCAACCCAAUGGAUGACAGCCUAAAUGACACCACAGAUGUGGCACCCAGCCGCAAACGCCGGCAACGUCAUCUCCAACAACUGGAGUCUCAGAACAAGAGACCUGCUCUAGAGCAGAGACAGAGCUCAAGGAAUGAGUUGCCUGAAGAAGCCAAAGCAGAAGUGCAGAAAACUCCAGUCCAAGAUGGUCCUGAUCCUGAUGACUUGUUUGAUGACAUCUGACUGCCUUCCAGAGAUCUAACACAAAUAAAAACAAGACGAAACACAUGUUUAACUCAUUUUUAUUUUUUAUUAAUAAAUUGUGGACAAGUUGAUUUAAAAAUAUAUAGCUUAUUAAAUAAAACAAGAUGAUAGUGAUAGUGAUAAAUAACUUGACAUUUUAGCCCUUGUGUAUAUAUGAUGUGAAAACUAAAUAAAGAGCUGCAUCAGUGACUGACUGCA